AUGACAACCCAGGCUGUGGAACUAUACCGGCUACGCUUUCGAUUCUCACCACCGCCGUUCAUUUCCCAUGCAGAAAGCCGCGUCAAGCUGCAUGUUGAAGUGAUAAACGAGUGUGGCCAGGGUAUAAGCGCCAUCACAGCGCACCCAAAUACACCACUUGUCCAAGGAUGGGUCAUAGGCGUCCGACCGUGCGACCCGGUCACGUUUGUCCCAAUGUCCAUCGCUGAAUCCGCCGUUGUCAUGGCACCUCAUCAACGCCACGCCACCAUCUACGUUUCUCUUCCAAAAUCCUGUUCGCCCUUGCGAUUCCAUGCGCAGCUGCACUCCAAUAAUGCGACCUCUGCACAUGCCACCAUGUCGUUGCAAUCCUUCACGUGUGGUGCUAGUAUGGGUACCCAUGGGCAUGUACUGGUCCUUCCAGUAUGGUCCAACACCAUUGUGCGAACUCAUCCUUCGUCUAACGAUACGUCAGCGUCCGUAGCAACAUGCCUCCGACGGUUCUCCAUCCAACGACCUACCGACCAAGUUCCAAGUCUCGUCACGGUGGAAGAGCGGUAUGGUGAUGCCAUGGCAUCCCACGUAUGGGACGCGGGCAUCUGCUUGAGCUACUUUUUGCAAACGUACCAUCUGCCCCAACUCAGCCAACCACUACAUGCCAUGGAGAUUGCAUCUGGAAGUGGGCUGCUUGGCCUUGUACUAGCCACUCUGCUUCCUCCGCACUCGACCUUGGUGCUCACAGACAAACCCUCCAAUCUCGACCUCCUUGGCUACAACGUCCGGCAGCAUCAGUCGACACGCCCAUCCCCACCCUGCUCUGUCGCUGUAUGUAGCUUGGAAUGGGGUAACGCGGUCCACUUAGAAGCCCUCCUUGCACCACACAAUCCACCACAUCUCUUACUCCUCGCCGACGUCCUCUACAACUGGGCCGCCCACCCCCAGCUUUGGGCUACGGUCGCAGCCAUUGCCACUCCGCUAACUACAAUCUUCUUGGCGCAUAAAGACCGGGCGGCCACCUCCACGGCAGCGCUCCGCCAUCUCCACGUCCACGGCACAUGUCCUUCCUGUUCAUUAUUCUCUACGAUUCCAUCGACUUGCGGGUGGCAGCAGGGGCUAUGGAAGCUGGAGCUCCGAGCGUCAUUUGGGUCGACAGAUAUCUUCCAGCUGGUGAUUCAGCAUCAUCUCAGUACAUAA